AUGACCACCAAUCCUGAGGAAAAGUGGGCGAUCCUUUUUGAGGAUGAACCCUACAACAAAGAGUAUCUUUGGGUCAAGCGUCUUGGACAGGGUGCAUAUGCUCGAGCUGAUCUAGUCCGAAACACGAAUGGCCAACUCGAAGUAAGGAAGCUUCUUCACCAGCCAGCCUUUGCCGAUAAUCGUAGAGAUACUGUCACGGCCGAGAUCAUAACCCUAAUCGACAUCCGAAAAGCAUGUUCCAGCCCCGAACUGGCUCUCGCCAAGCUCAACUCUGCCGGGUUCACGACCGGAAUCAGUGAGCGCGGGCGAAACAAUGGCGACCGCAGCGUGGGCUACUGGAAGUUCUAUAACCUGGGGAGCUGUCUAGACCUUGUGCAGCUCACAAGCCGAAUGGAUCUGUACAUACCCAGCUCGUUCGCCGCUGGGCUCGUGGCAGACUGUCUAUUCGGCCUUGAGAAUCUUCUCCACAGCGGCAAAACUCACAAUGACCUCUACCCGCGCAACAUAUUUGUGAACUCGAGGGAACUCAACGGACAUCGCGUUGUCGAGGGAGUCAUUGGAGAUUUCGGGCUGUGCGGUACCUUGCCUAAUCCUCCACACAUGCGUCGAGUCUGUGACAUGAGGACUGACCUUCUCACACUGGGUAAGUGUGUCAAGUUUCUAGCAGAAAAUCGCAGGCCGUCCUCAGAGAUAGAGCUGAUCCAGAUCAGCAUGGACGUAAUCCAGAAACCUCUGUACCCGCCAGACAGUCCGGAGAAGCAGCGAGACGAGUGUCGCUGGUGGCAAAUCCGGUCCAUCCUCGACCUCUACAUCAGCCAGUGGACAAACCCUUCAACGCCCGUCUCAACAUUCAUCGAUGCUAUCACGGCGUUUACCGAACUCAAGCAAGAAGCCUUGAACGACUUUCGCACGUCUGACGAGUCGAAAACGUUUGACACCGUCCUCCAGGGCGUCGUGAACGAGACUGCCAGCGGAGUACCGACGAUGUUCGAUUCGUUCCAAGACCUCCGUCGUGUUGCGGAGCAGGAGUUCAAGGGCGAAAUAGUCCAGACGGUCAAGAUUUGCCCUCGGACCUUUGAGAUCUCUGCUGCGGGUGACAGGAUUAUCGUCUUUGCCAACCCAGAGGCGCAGGAUUGUCAUCCUUGA